GAGUGGACGCGCUGAAACAGGAAGUAGUUCCUCUCACAGCAAUCAGACGUGGCAUAAGAACCGUUGGUUUGAUCCGAUAAACACUGUUGAUUAUAAAUUAUCAUUUAAUUCGUUCAGAUCGAGAUUAUGGCCUCUGGUGUGGGGAAAUGGGAAGUGGUGAAGAAAGGAAAGAAACCGAAUGUCAGCAGCGGCUCCGGAGGAAAAACUCAGGACAAGAAACCAGGCAGGAAAGCGCUGAGAGAGGCCAACGUGAGCCAAAACCACGUGAUGUCCGAGACCAUCUUCGAGGGCUUUGAGAAGAUGAAGAAGCAGAACAAGGAGCAGGUUCCUCCUCCGGCCGCCGACACUCAGAAGAAGCCCAACGCUGGGAAGCAGACCAAGAAACUCCCCACCAACGGCAGCUCCAAACCCACUCAAUACAAGACACUGGAGGAGGCCGUCAAAGCCCUGGACGUGGUGGAGUUGAAGCAACAGCUGGAGAAAAGUCAAAGCCUGUUUCCCGAGAAUCCUUCGGUCUGGGUGAAGGAUCUCGCUGGAUACCUGAACUACAAGCUCCCGGCUCCAGAGUCAGACCCCACGCUCAGCAGCUACGGCCACGAUUACCCAUACUGCCUCGCUGGGAAGGAGCUGAAGGGUGUUAUAAAGAACCUGCUGGGCAAAUGCUCAGACACGCUGCCCGAGUUCUUCGACCACUGCGUGUUCACCAUGAUCCGAGAGCAGGACCGACAGCCGAGCGAGUCUCUGCACGGCUACAGGAUGUGUGUUCAGGCUGUCAUGCAGGACAAACCCAAAAUCGCCACGCUGAACCUCGCCGACCACCUGGAGCUGCUGCGCUCGCACCAGAACCGGCCCGUCACGUGCUUGACCAUCAUGUGGGCGCUGGGACAGGCGGGCUUCUACGACCUCGGCCAGGGCAUCAGAGUUUGGUUGGGAAUUAUGCUUCCCGUUCUCGGGAUGAAAGCGCUCUCUGCGUACGCCGUCGCUUAUCUGGAGCGACUCCUCACGCUUCAUGCAAACCUGACCAAAGGAUUCGGGAUCAUGGGGCCGAAAGAGUUCUUCCCGCUGCUGGACUUUGCUUACAUGCCCAAAAAUGCCCUGUCACAAAGUCUGCAGGAGCAGUUGUGUCGGCUUUAUCCGCGGCUGAAGGUUCUGGCGUUCGGAGCGAAACCCGAAUCGACACUGCACACAUACUUCCCAUCAUUCCUGUCACGAGCAACGCCGAACUGCCCUGAUGCCAUGAAGAAAGAGCUCCUCAGAAGCCUGAGCGAGUGUUUGACCGUGGACGGCCAGAGUUUGAGCGUCUGGAGGCAGUUAUACACCAAACACCUGCCUCAGUCCAGUCUGCUGUUAAAUCACCUGCUGAAGUCGUGGAAAACACUUCCUCCGAAGUUGCAGAAAAACCUCCAGGACACCAUCCAGUCCUUCAGGGUGACCAAUGACGAGCUGCAGACCAGCACCAGCACACCCGACGUUCAUGACUGCAACUCGCUCUGCGAUUCCCUGCAGCAGAAGAUGAGCGGUCGGGGCUUCCCGUGGUGGCGCGUGCUGAUGAUGACGCUGGUGUUCGUGGCGGGCUUCAUCGCGCAUGACGUCAGGUCACAUGGCUCGUUCACGGACUCCACCACAGCGCUGUACCUGGAGAGGUCAGGGGUCACCGCCGUAUCCCAGCAGGCCUGGAGCAAAGCGGCGCAUUACGGCCAACAGGGCGUCAGCUGGUUGGCCGAGAACACGCCGCAUUAUUACUCGCGUGGCGUGGAGGCCGUCGGGCCGAUGCUGGAGGACGGGAAGGACCGGGUGAAGGUGGCGUUCGCUUUCAUCGCACAGAAGAGCUCACAGAUAUUCCUGUGGAUGCAGGAGAACGUGCCACGGCUCAUCGAAUGGAUCCACGCAAACACUCCGGAGAGUGUGUUUCAGUUCAUCGAGUACGUGAAGGAGCUUCUGCUGUUCAUCCAUGAGCGCUUCAUCAUCCCGUCACUGCAGUAUCUGUCCACAGCUCUGCAACACACCUGGAAGAGCCUACAGGAGUCCUGCAACGGCGAGGUUUCUCUGCACUGCUUGCAGAAUCACGUGAGAUCCUUCACGAACAGCACCUGGGUGUACCUGCAGGACGCCACGACCGCCAUCAAGAGCCGAGCGCAGGAGCUCCUGUCACGAGCGUGAUGCACACACUUUUAAACGGACGUUUCUUCACCUCCCUUUUUUUGCUUUAUUUUGUCAAUUUGCAUGAGAUUUUAUAUCUGUUGUGCUGACAGUUCUGUCUUUUAUGCAGAUGUUUUUCUUGGUGUUUAUUUUACACAAAGUUGCCAAUCCAGACGGAGUUGAAAGAGGCUGUUUUUACACACACACACACAGCCCUCAUCAAUAGCUCUCUCUCUGUGUGUGUGUAGUAAACCAGUGAUGGCGGGCCUCUUGUUCCGAAUGAAACAUGUCUGUGGUGAAGGACAGAGACGGAUCACUAAUGACUACUGCUGCUGGCUGAGCUCUUUACUUGAACACUGAAUAUUAAUGUGACACCCCUGUGUGAUUGGACGAUUUACUGUUUCUGCCCCAUAUGAAGCAACAAAGGCGUCCGCGAUUGAACCUAGUGUGGUAGAUUGCAAAUCAAACCUAAACCCUCUGGUUUUGUCCUGUUUGGGAUUUGCCAGAGGUUCAGUUCUGUUGUAGAUUAACACAUUAUUGAAAGUUUGAAUCUGGUGUGUGUCCUGUAAGAUGAGCUGAUUUGUUACUUUGUAAAUGAUUUAUAAAUAAAUCAACCAAUGCUGUACA